AACAACAAAAUCAUGGACAAUUCCAAAUUGAAUACUCAAAGUUUCAGUUUCUCACGGUCGGUUAAUCUUUGACCCAAUCCCAUGUUCUCCGAAGCCGAAGCCUUUUCCCCACCCAUUUCCACUUCUUAUAUUCUAUUGCUUCUAUUUUCAACUGCUUUAGUACCACUUCCUAAAUCCUGCUUCUCUCAACGAUUGUGAUCUUCGAGUCUUUUUUUAGAAUGGUGGGAGCUUUGUUUGCUGUGGGUGCGCCGGUGAUCGACUCGCGGCCGUGCCCAUGUUUGUGUUUGGACUCAUCGCCGGUUACCAAUACGAGUCUCAGAAGUCGUGGGGAUUUGGUUUUGCCUAGGAGAUCUAAGGCUAAGAGUCAUUUAGCCGUGUCUCGGUUGGUGGAUUUGAGAAGUUCGUUUGUCAACUCCGACAGCGAGUGGCAGCUCUCGGCCACCGGCCACCGGCGUUGGAGGAACCAACGGAGGAAUCGGAGGCUUGUUGUUGUCAAUGAAUUUGCAGGGCAGUACGAGGAGAGUUUUGAUGAUGUGAAAAUGCAAAUACUUAACUAUUUCACAUACAAAGCUGUGAAGACAGUUCUAAAUCAGCUUUAUGAGAUGAACCCUACCCAAUACAGAUGGUUUUAUAACUUUGUUGUAAAUCACAAGCCCAGGGAUGGGAAGCGUUUCAUCCGAACCCUUGUAAAGGAGAAACAGGAUUUGGCUGAGAGAGUGAUGAUAACAAGACUUCAUCUCUAUAACAAAUGGGUCAAGAGAUGUGAUCACGCUGAAAUAUACAAAGAGAUAUCAGGCGAGAACUUGGAGUUGAUGCGAGAGCGACUAAUGGAGACUGUAAUAUGGCCUUCAGACGACAAGAGCUUUUAGAAGAUUGGCUGACUAGGAGCUACUAGAUUAUUUCUUUUUCCUAAUUUCUUUUCCUUUAGUUACGUCGACCAAUCUGGCCAUGUCCUUAGUAGUCAAUUCUCAUUCAUAUUAUUUUUCAUCAACUAAGAAGAAUUCUUAUAUCCAAUAUUUAAAAGAUUGUCACUGUAAAUACUUUCAACCUCUUAUACAUGUUAAAAGUAUCGAUCUUAUUGAAUAUGUUUCUAU